GGUGGCCAUCCCCUUCGUCCGUUAGUGUUGCGGUUUAUAACUAUAAAACAACCAAACCAGCCACCAAUUUUUCUCACCCACACACACACAUACUCGCACAGUCAAGACAGAAUACACACACAUCUUUCUCGGCUGUGACUUCUUUCUUUCUUUCUUCUCCGUUCUCCGGCGACCCAGUUUACUAAUACUCUUCUUCAUUCUUUGGUCCCAUUUCUUUGACCCCUUUUCAUUAUUUCAAUCAUCCAACUCUUUUUCAUCACUUCACUGAUCAAUUUUUAGGAAAAAGGAGGCAAUGACGAAACAGAAUGUACUAGUUUCGGAUACGAAAUCCGGGCUGAGCAUGGCGAUAACGGUGGCCGUGACGAACUCGUCGUCCCUAUUCACCACGGCGGCGCAGAAGCCGCCGGCGGUGCCCGGAACGACGUACAUCACCAUUUCCAAGAAGAAGCUGCUGGAGAACCUCGAGAUCAACUCCGGGGCUAAAAUCAACGCCUGGGUUGACUCAAUGAGAGCUUCCUCCCCGACCCACCUCAAGUCCACUCCUUCCCUUCUCUCCGUUGAUGACGUCCAUGACUCAUGGACGCAACAGCAUCCAUCAGCUUUGGAGAUGUUUGAGCAGAUAACAAAUGCAUCAAAGGGAAAGCAAAUAGUGAUGUUUUUGGAUUAUGACGGCACGCUUUCCCCUAUAGUGGAGGACCCUGAUCGCGCUUUCAUGUCUGACGCGAUGAGAGCCACCGUUAGAAAAGUUGCUAGAUACUUCCCCACUGCCAUUGUUAGUGGAAGGUGCCGAGACAAGGUGUAUAGUUUUGUACAAUUGGCAGAAUUGUACUAUGCAGGAAGUCAUGGAAUGGAUAUAAAAGGACCAUCUAAAGGUUCACAACGCAAGAAAGGAGCUGAAGCGGUGCUUUUUCAGCCAGACACUGCCAGUGAGUUUCUUCCAAUGAUUGAUGAGGUAUAUGAAGCCUUAUUAGAGAAAACGAAAUCCACGGACGGUGCAAUAGUGGAGAAUAACAAAUUUUGCGUAUCUGUACAUUUUCGCUGUGUUGAUGAGAGGAAAUGGGUUGAAUUAGCACAACAAGUCAAGUCAGUCUUGAAGGAUUACCCAAAGCUUCGAUUAACCCAAGGAAGAAAGGUAUUAGAAAUCCGUCCUACAAUCAAAUGGGACAAAGGGAAGGCUCUUGAAUUUUUAUUAGAAUCACUAGGUGAGUUUUACGUUCUAGAACCUUUGAUUUUUUUACCUUUUUUCCUUUGAUUUUUGUUUGUCUAUUUUUGUAAUUAUGAGUGUAUAUACCAACUAUAAAAUAGACGUGUCGAUUUGUUCUUUUUUUAGUUGUAAUAACCAAUAAUCGACAGUGUUUAGAUCUCAUCGACGUUUAACACUCGGAAAUUGUGACACUAGUUUAUUUAAUUACAUAAUCUAGAUACUAAUUAGUAAAAGAUAAAACUGUCAUUAACCGAAUAUCUUUUUGUCUAUUUAACAGGUUACGCCAAUCGUAAAGAUGUAUUUCCUGUUUAUAUUGGGGACGACAGAACCGAUGAAGAUGCUUUUAAGGUAUCCUAUGCUCCAAAAACUAAAUCAUCAUAGCUUCUUCAUUAAUUUAUUUAUCCUUUUUCGCAUUCAUAAUUGUCGUGUUAAUCAACCUUUCUCUUCCCUUAAUUAUCAGGUUCUGAAAGAAAGAAGACAAGGUUUUGGAAUUCUUGUCUCAAAAACACCAAAGGAAACAAGUGCUGCCUAUUCACUGCAAGAACCAGCCGAGGCAAGUAGAUAUUAAAUACGUUUAGUUAUUAUCAGUUAUAGUUCGUCUGAUGACAUCCUUAUUACUCAAAUAUAAUUACUUACUGUGUCUCUAUUAUUUACAUUUUUCAGGUCAUGAACUUUCUACAACGGUUGGUACAAUGGAAGAAGUCGUCUAGAAGACAAUUCAGAGCAAGCAGAAAAUCAGAAGAGAUUAAUUAGGGUAGUACAUGUACAAUAGGCUUAAUUAAUAAGGGAUAUAUUUAAAAGUCUAUAGGCAAGAAUUAUUAUAUAGUAUAUCCAUGUAUUUUUAUUUUCUCUGACCUGAAAAAAAGGGAAAGUAGACACAAAGAGAAAAGGGGUAAAAAAAAAGAAGGAAAGCCUUUUCUCUUCUAUUCCCUUGGUAGGACUUGUACAUUUCUGUAACUAACCAUGUGCAAGGAAAUUAUAUAUUACCAGUAAUUAUUUUUAAUUUUGUUAAUCUUAUAAAUGCCAAGAAGAACGAGCCUUUUUUUUUUUUUCCCUUAA